GAAAGAGAAGGAAGGAGUACAUGUGGGAGGGCAGAGGAGGAAGGUGGGAGGGCAGGAGCGCGGACGGACGCGAGGUGAGUUCUGGACGGGACCCUGCGACGCCGGGCUGAGUGCCUCGCCUCUGACCCCGAUAGGAUUCCUGUCCGAGCCACCCGAGCCUGCAGCGCCCCAUCCCCGGCCCUCGCCCCGUUCCCCGAGCUGUUCAGAGGUCCCCAGGAGCUGCUUUUGGCGAGCCCGCUACUGCGGGGACCCAUGGAGCCAUUCCGUAGUGCCAUUCCGAGCAACGCACUGCCGCAGCUUCUCUGAGCCUUUCCAGCAAGUCUGUUCAAGAUUGGCUGUCAAGAAUCAUGGACUGUUAUUAUAUGCCUUGUUUUCUGUCAAGACACCAUGAUUCCUGGUAACCGAAUGCUGAUGGUCGUUUUAUUAUGCCAAGUCCUGCUAGGAGGCUCGAGCCAUGCUAGUUUGAUACCUGAGACGGGGAAGAAAAAAGUCGCCGAGAUUCAGGGCCACGCGGGAGGACGCCGCUCCGGGCAGAGCCAUGAGCUCCUGCGGGACUUCGAGGCAACACUUCUGCAGAUGUUCGGGCUGCGCCGCCGCCCGCAGCCCAGCAAGAGCGCCGUCAUCCCGGAUUACAUGCGGGAUCUGUACCGGCUGCAGUCUGGGGAGGAGGAGGAGGAAGAGCAGGUCCAAGGCACUGGUCUGCAGUACCCGGAGCGCCCUGCCAGCCGGGCCAACACCGUGAGGAGCUUCCACCAUGAAGAACAUCUGGAGAGCAUCCCAGGGACCAGUGAGGACUGUGCUUUCCGUUUCCUCUUUAACCUCAGCAGCAUCCCAGAGAACGAGGUGAUCUCCUCCGCAGAGCUCAGGCUCUUCCGGGAACAGGUGGACCAGGGCCCUGACUGGGAGCAGGGCUUCCAUCGCAUAAACAUUUAUGAGGUCAUGAAGCCCCCGGCGGAGGCGGUGGCCGGGCACCUCAUCACACGACUACUGGACACGAGACUGGUCCACCACAAUGUGACGCGGUGGGAAACUUUUGAUGUGAGCCCUGCGGUCCUUCGCUGGACCCGGGAGAAGCAGCCCAACCACGGGCUGGCUGUGGAGGUGACUCACCUCCAUCACACAAGGACCCACCAGGGCCAGCACGUCAGGAUUAGCCGAUCGUUACCUCAAGGGAGUGGGGAUUGGGCCCAGCUCCGGCCCCUCCUGGUCACUUUUGGCCACGAUGGCCGGGGCCAUGCCUUAACCCGACGCCAGAGGGCCAAGCGCAGCCCUAAACAUCAUCCACAGCGGUCCAGGAAGAAGAAUAAGAACUGCCGGCGCCACUCCCUCUACGUGGACUUCAGUGAUGUGGGCUGGAAUGACUGGAUUGUGGCCCCACCAGGCUAUCAGGCCUUCUACUGCCAUGGGGACUGCCCCUUUCCACUGGCGGACCACCUCAACUCCACCAACCACGCCAUCGUGCAGACCCUGGUCAACUCUGUCAACUCCAGUAUCCCCAAGGCCUGUUGCGUACCCACCGAACUGAGCGCCAUCUCCAUGCUCUACCUGGAUGAGUAUGACAAGGUGGUACUGAAAAAUUACCAGGAGAUGGUAGUAGAGGGAUGUGGGUGCCGCUGAGAUCAGGCAGUCCUUGAGGACAGACAGACAGACACACACACACACAUACACACAAACACACCUUCCCAUCCACUCACCCAUACACCACACAGACUGCUUCCUUAUAGCUGGACUUUUAUCUUUAAAAAAAGAGGAAAAAAAACCUAAACAUUCACCUUGACCUUAUUUAUGACUUUACGUGCAAAUGUUUUGACCAUAUUGAUCAUAUAUUUUGACAAAAUAUAUUUAUAACUACGUAUUAAAAGAAAAAUAAAAUGAGUCAUUAUUUUAAAGGUAAA